AUGUCAACUCGGAUCAACUUCGAUGACUUGCUAGCCGGUACGAUCGUGACAGAUCAGUAUGAACCACGUGGCAUUAUCAUCGAGCGGGCUCAAAUUAUACGAGAUCCAUAUACACCCUCUCCCGGCAAUGCACUUUAUGCUACCGAGUUUUCCGGACCUAUCGAGUUCCCGAAAGCCGUACUCAGUUUUCGGUUCGUGAGCCCGAAUCAUUCAUACAUUGCAGUAUCUCCCGGUACUCAUUUCAAUGUUGGUGGAGCCGCAACUCUGACGGCCUAUGACACACAUGGAAAUGCUUUGGGAAGCACAUAUAUCGACAUUCCCAAGGGCUCCCACUAUGCAUUCGGCGAGUUUUUUUCCCCGGCAGGUGCUGUCAUUGCUUCAUUCAAGGUUUCAGGUUAUCGGGGUGACUUUGACGGAAUCGACAAUUUGAUUUUCGACGAUACUACGGUCCCCCAGACGCCGGACUUUCAUCUCAUCUACACCGGUGCCGAGAUCCUGAGAGUUUCCAAAACUACAACAGCACAGGCAACCGUGAAUGUUAUCCGAAUCCACGGUUCUACUGGAGGGAUCUCAUUGACUGCCUCCUCUGUUCCAACCGGUGUGGUCAUAAGCAGUCUCACUCCAAAUCCAGUCGUUGCAUCAUCGUUCAGCUUAAGAGUUACAGCAAGUAGAGAUGCGAUUCCUGCCCAAAACAGGCAACUAGUGUUGACAGCAACACCCCUGGUACCCUCGGCCGGGUUGGUCAGUCACACCAUCACUCUCCUCGUCACAAUCCUGGACCCUUACGACGUCCAGAUUGUUGGGAUUGAAGUUACCCAAGGCAUACAGGUCUUCGAUCUCCCGGAAAAGCCAGAUCCACUGUCAACGGCGCCGGUGCGUUACAACGGUGUUCGCCUCGCUGCCGGGAGCCGUACGAUCGUUAGGGUGUUUUGCAGCCUUCGCACUCCACCAAGAAGCACAGACUUGCCAAGAUACAGCUGCUAUUUGCAUGGAUCACGCAACGGCGCGACAUUGCCCGGAGGUCCAAUUUCUCCCCAGGGGGCUGUUUCAGUCGCAAUUGAACGGGGUGGCAAUAACGUCUCGGUGGCAAUGAGAUCAGAUCCGGGGUCUGGCGCGGUUUUCCAACUUCCACCGGAAUGGACACAAGGGACAAUCACACUUCGGGCGGAGGUUCAACCGGAUAUAGGAUUCGGGCCCGAGCUUGAUAACUUUGACUCUGUAUCGCAAAAUGACACGUUUGUUUUAACCGAUAUCGCAUUCACUCGUACCCGCGACGUCCGCGUCGCCGCUAUCAAACUGUCAAUCAGUUCGAUUAACGGGGGUGAAGUCAGAGACCCAGGUGACGUUCUCGAAGACUGCCGAAACCUGCUCCCUAUUGCAGAUAACCAAUUCGCCGUAAGUUUGAUGGCAACAAUUUCGAUAGAUCACAUAUUCAACCAAAAUACCGAAUCAUGUGGUUUUCUUGGGCUGAGCACCUGUUCCUUGGACAGCAGUAGCCGGGCUGCGUUGGUUACUGAUUACCUCCGAGAUUUCGUAGAUGACUCAGGAUAUAUUGACACCACCGGUGGCCGCCUGAUAGUCGGCAUCUACGCCGCUGCAGCGGGAGAAAGAAUUAGGGGGUUGACAUCAACAGAGUGCACUGGUCCCUUCUGGGACUGCGAUAGCUUAACAGUUGCAAUUUUCAGGGACUCCGAUAGGCCCCUGACGUCUGCAGCUCACGAGAUCGGUCAUAUGCUGGGUCGGAAGCAUGCCAGUGGUACGGGUGGUGCAAAAAACCCUGAAGACUGGCCACCGGACCAACAAGGCUUCAUUCAGGGGGUCGGGGUGGACCGUCGUACUAUGCGAGUACUUUACCCUAGAGAUUCCACGCCGUUUUUUGAUUUCAUGAGCUAUGGCGGCCAAGCUGGAGGUGGCGAUCUGGAUCACUGGGUCUCAGUGCGUGGUUGGCAAGCGACGUUAUCCAGGCUGAGUGCGUCAUCCGCGCUGACCCCUACCACUUCUCCCCUGGGACCUAAGACUGAAUUUCCCACUGUGGUCGAAAACCUGGCAGAUGUUACAGGAGUUGUGGUUCACGCGGUAGUCAUAACUGAAGGUGGAAUCAAAAUCACGAAAGUGGCCCCUGUAUCAGGCCGAAAGCCUCUCGAAGGAAAGCCAUCAGCGUACCACAUAAUCGUCCAGGAUCGAGACUCCAAUACGCUUUACACAUCCUCUCCGAUACUAGUCCGCAACGACGUGAAUAUGGCAGGGUAUAUAAUAAACUUGGAAGCAGUGAUUGCAGUAUCGAAUUGGCCGAAAGUGGGUGCCGUUGAAAUCCACAAAGCCGAUACACCGGUAGCUCGACGGGUCCGUGCCGGGAUACCACCUACAUUACAUGAUGUGCUGGUGAAACCUGAUUCAGCCGAGAAACCUUCAAAUUGGACCGUGCGUUGGCAAGCGAACCACCCUGAGGGCUUCCCUCUCACCGUCAAGCUCGAUUACUCGAACGAUGGCGGUAACCACUGGGUACCGCGAUACUUCGGCCCGAACAACGACACAGCUACCCUGCCCAACUCGUAUUUCUCAAUCGCAACUCAAAACAAAGGUCGGAUACGGGUCAGAAUUUCCGAUGGUUUCGACCAAGUGUCCGCAGUUUCCACGGGCUUUGACGCUCCUGGAUCUGGUCCCACAGUCCGAAUUUUUAGCCCCCAAUGUUGCGAGACGUUCCGUACCGGGUGCAUUAUAUAUCUCCAUGGUGCAGCCUUCGAUGAUAGUCAGGAACCUAUUACCGGCCAAUCCCUUGUCUGGUUUCUUGGGGAAAAGCAAAUCGGGACCAGCAACACAGCCAGCGUCGCAAUCAAAGCAGCCGGCCGCCAAGACAUUCGCCUGCAAGCGACAGACUCCCACUCACGGACCGUAUCCCAGAGUGUAGAGAUUACGGUUUCACUCUAA